AUGAAUGAUCAUUUGAUUGUGUGCGUUGAUCGGCUGGAGAACCCAGAUGUGACCGUACAAGGGGACCAAGUGACUGUGGCUUCUGCGUCCAGUGAAAAGCCCACGGAUAUGGUGGGACAGUCUUCUUCUGCGGUGGUGGUGGUGGUGGCGGUGGUGGCGGAGGAGGAGGGAAAUGAGGGUUCGGAUGAGGAAACGCCGCUUAUAGGGGUGGCGGAGUGCCGCAUUUGUCAGGAGGAGGAUUCUGUCAAGAAUUUGGAAAGUCCCUGUUCUUGUAGAGGCAGUCUUAAGUAUGCUCACAGAAAGUGUGUUCAGCACUGGUGUAAUGAAAAAGGAGACAUAAUUUGUGAAAUAUGCCAUCAGCCUUACCAACCUGGUUUUACAGCACCUACUCAAUCUCACCCUGAAGAGACUAUGAUAGAUAUGGGGGGAAGAUGGCAAAUCUUGGGCACACCUUUGCAUUUGCAUGAACCUCGCCUUUUAGCAAUUGCUGAGGCCGACCAUCAGUUUUUGGAAGCUGAGUAUGAUGAUUACAAUGCUACAAAUGCCAGCAAACCAACAUUUUGUCGUUCAGCUGCACUGAUUUUAAUGGCUCUUCUAUUAUUACGGCAUUCAUUAGUCGUGACAGAAGCUGAUGAUGAAGACUCGGCUACCAUUUUUUCUCUUUUCUUGCUUCGAGUUGCUGGGUUUCUUUUGCCGUGCUGCAUCAUGGCCUGGGCUAUCAGUAUCUUGCAGCGUCGUAGGCAAAGACAGGUUUGUGUCUAUGAUCAUACUCUCAAUCCCUUUUCUUUAGAGUUUUUAGUUUCAGCAUUCCAUUUUAACAAAGUGCCUGUUAAAGAUCAGAUCAGACCGUUGAAUUGUGCUUAUUGGUGUACAUGAC